GAGCGGGACGGCUCCCGUGGGAAGAGAUACAGGACAGGCACGCUUACCCUGCGGGCUCCGGUCCCCAAAGCGCCGGGAGCACUCAUUCCAAGGAGGCUGUUCUGUUGAGAUGUAAUGUCAGCCGCGAUACCAGGCGUGCCCAAGGCACCGCGGGCCCGGCCCCGCGGGCAGUGCGCAGGCGCCGUGGCGCGCGGCGGUGGCGGCAUGGGGGACACGCUGGAGGAGCCGUGGUGGGACACCGGGACCGGCGCGGGCGGCACUCCAGAUCCUUCAGAUGAUGAAGCUGUCGAAAAAGCAAGUGAUAACAGGACAGCAACACAUCAAGAUUCAGAUUCCAAACCUGCUGUGAAAAAGAAAAGAAAGCAGCCUACAGAGUGUUUUUUAAGCCAGCCUGAAGAAAAGCAAGAGAGCACUGUAAAGGCAAAGAGGAGGAAGAAGAAGAAGAUUUCUGAUGUUCUGCAAAAAUCUGCUCCAAAACCUGGUGUCCCUGCAGAUCUACAAAAUCUGCUUACUCAACAUUUUGGUGAAAAUCGUUCCGUGAUUGAAAUAGAGGAAUUAAAGCUGUCAGAUUCCUGUUUUUUGCCAGCCAAUGAUCUCAGCCACAGUUUUUCUUCAUACCUGAAGGAAAUCUGUCCGAAGUGGGCGAAGCUCCGCAGAAACCACGAGGAGAAGAAGUCGGUGGUGAUGCUGGUUCUCUGCAGUUCUGCCCUUCGCUCCUUGGAACUCAUCAAGUCAAUGACAGCCUUUAAAGGAGAUUGCAAAGUCCUCAAGUUGUUUGCAAAGCACAUAAAGAUAAAGGAACAAAUGAAUAUGUUGGAGAAAGGUGUGUUCCACAUUGGGGUUGGAACUCCUGGGAGAGUGAAGGCACUAGUGGAGCAAGAUGGCCUGUGCUUGAACUCCACAAAAUACAUGAUUCUGGAUUGGAACUGGAGAGAUCAGAAACUAAGGAGAAUGAUGGAUAUCCCUGAGAUAAAGAGAGAAACAAUUGACCUACUGGAGAAGAGUAUUAUAAAGCUGUGCAGAGAUGGAUCUGUGAAGCUGGGACUCUUUUAAUGAGUUUACCAACAAGGAAGUAAUUUGCAGCUGCAUUUUACUAUUAUCCUGUCUGCAACUGAAUUUUGACUUUUCAGAGGUCUCUCAAUACAGAAUGCACAUUGCAACUUUUUCUGAGUUUUCUUUUAAUAAAAACCCAGAAGCUUU